UGAUGGACUAUGCUAUAUUGGAUGGUCUCCCUGCCAACGUAAUCCGAGGGAAGCAGCAGCACCUUGCUGCCCCCCUGUGCCUCCUCUAUGAGCAUCCAGACAAGGGGCUGAUCCCCCUGGCUAUACAGCUGGGUCAGACCCCCGGCCCCGGCUCUCCUGUCUUCCUCCCAUCAGACCCCCCGCUGGCCUGGCUGUUGUCGAAGAUCUGGGUUCGAAACUCAGAUUUCCAGAUCUUCCAGAUCCUGACUCACCUUCUGCGCACUCACCUGGUGAUGGAGGUGUUCUGUGUGGCCACGCUGAGACAGCUCCCCACAGUGCACCCAGUCUACAAGCUCCUCGCCCCUCACCUGCGCUACACACUGGAGAUCAACACUCGCGCGCGCUCCCAGCUCAUAUCCGACGACGGCAUUUUCAAAAGGGUUUCCUCUACAGGGGGUCGUGCUCUCCUCCUCCUCUCUCAGAGGGAGUUUCAGACUCUGUCCUACAAGUCUCUUCAGCCCCUGUUAGAUUUUCAGCGGCGUGGCGUGAUGAAGCUCAGGGAUUACUUCUACCGCGAGGACAGCCUGAUGCUGUGGGACGCCAUCCAGAGCUAUGUCUCCGGUCUCGUCUCUCUCUAUUACUCCUCGGACUCUGAUGUCACUCAGGACUCAGAGCUGCAGCUGUGGAUCCGUGACGUCACUGAGGAGGGGUUUGGGGACACCCCCAAAUUCGGUCUGUCCAGUGAGUUGAGAAGCAGGAAGGAGUUGGUGACUCUCCUGAGUGUGGUGAUCUUCACUGCAACUGUACAGCACGCGGCUACCAACAACGGACAGUUUGAUUGGUGCGCCUGGGUUCCGAACACGCCCUGCACCAUGCGCCUGCCCCCGCCCACCUGCAAGGGUUCCGUUACCAUGGAGAUGAUCAUGGAGACUCUGCCAGACAUUAGCCAAUCCUGCGUGGAGAUGGCGAUCACAUGGCACCUGGGCCGGGCACAGCCGGACGCGAUUGCUCUCGGACGGCACACUGAGGAAUACUUCACAGAGGAAGGAGCCCGGGCAGAGAUACACAAAUUCAAUGAGACGCUGAACGAGAUCGAACAGAAAAUAGAGGAGAGGAAUCUGGGGCUGGAGCUGAAAUACGAGUACCUGAAACCAAGCAGGAUUGAGAACAGCAUCACUAUAUAGAGAGGAGGGGAGGAGAGAGGGGAGAGGAUGGGAGAGAGGGGAGAGAGGGGGAGAGAGAGGAGAGGAGAGGGGAGAGAGAGGAGAGAAAGGGGAGAGAGAGGAGAGAAAGGGGAGGGGAGGAGGGGAGGAAAGGAGAGGAGAGGAGAGGGGAGGGGAGGGGAGAGAGGAGAGGAGAGGGGAGAGGGGAGAGGGGAGGAGAGGCGAGAGGCAACUACUACUAUCUGAAACUAAAUUGAAAGCAAAUAACUCUGCAGCAUUUUAGCUUUGUGAACCUUUACUGUUACUUACUGUUUUUUUUUAUAUUCCUGUGUGCACUGUAUUGAAAUGUUUUUGUUUUUUUUAUAUUCCUGUGUGCACUGUAUUGAAAUGUUUUUGUUUUUUUAUAUUCCUGUGUGCACUGUAUUGAAAUGUUUUUGUUUUUUUUAUAUUCCUGUGUGCACUGUAUUGAAAUGUUUUUGUUUUUUUUAUAUUCCUGUGUGCACUGUAUUGAAAUGUUUUUGUUUUUUUUAUAUUCCUGUGUGCACUGUAUUGAAAUGUUUUUGUUUUUUUAUAUUCCUGUGUGCACUGUAUUGAAAUGUUUUGGGUUUUUUUAAACAGCAUUAUUAUAUGGGGGGGGGGGGGGGG